CCCCAAGGCCAGCCCCCUCUGGCUCAGCCGGACACACUAAACUUAGCUUCCACCCCCAGCUCAUAACCGCUGCCACCUCCCAGCCUGGCUGCCACCUGCCCGGGAGCCACCGCCACCAGACCGCGCCGAAGGCGCCCGCUCCUCCGCCACCAACAUGUCCCAGACCAAAGCGCCCAAGGUCCGCGCGACCCUCUUCUGCAUCCUGGCGGGCAUCGUGCUGGCCAUGGUGGCCGUGGUGACCGACCACUGGGCGGUGCUGAGCCCCGAGGUGGAGCACCACAACGCCACCUGCGAGGCGGCCCACUUCGGCCUCUGGCGGAUUUGCAUCAAGCGUAUUGUCACGAGUGACGGCAAGGACAAGACCUGCGGACCCAUCUCCCUGCCUGGGGAGAAAAACUGUUCCUACUUCAGGCAUUUUAACCCAGGCGAGACCUCCGAGAUCUUCGAAGUCACUACUCAGAAAGAGUACAGCAUCUCGGCCGCCGCCAUCGCCAUCUUCAGCCUCGGCUUCAUCAUCAUGGGGACCAUCUGCGCGCUUCUGUCCUUCAGGAAGAAGCGGGAUUACCUGCUGAGGCCGGCGUCCAUGUUCUAUGCGUUCGCAGGUCUGUGCAUCUUCGUGUCGGUGGAGGUCACGCGGCAGUCGGUGAAGCGCAUGAUCGGCAGCGAGCACACCGUCUGGAUCGAGUACUACUACUCCUGGUCCUUCGCCUGCGCCUGCGCCGCCUUCGUCCUCCUCUUCCUCGGCGGCCUCGCCCUCCUGCUCUUCUCCCUGCCUCGAAUGCCCCAGAACCCCUGGGAGUCCUGCAUGGACGCCGAGCCCGAGCACUAGCCCUCCGGGGGCCCCCGGCCACCCUCAGGAAGCCGAGCCUGGCCCAGAACGUUCUAGAGAGGAGGCGGGAGCUUUACCUCUCCCCGGUGCCACCUACCCCACGACAACCGCUGCUGCUUCCCUCUCUGAGCCCUUCUUUGGGCUGUGACAGGCUCCCCCUGGGAAUCCAGCAAGUGGACCUGAUCCAGACUUGCCCAGGUGGGAGGGAGGCAGGCAAGGCGAGCAGGUGCACAGGUGUUUGGUGAGGGAGACCUUCCCCUGGAGGUCAGAGUUGUCCCGACCGAGCCAGUUGUCUUUGAUAAACUGGGUCCAGUUGUCCUCUGUUAGCCCCGUAGGGACGCCCUGUGCUCAUAUACCAAUUCUGGGCAUCUGCCAGAGCCAGUAGCCAACCACUCCCACCUUCUCCUGGACAAGAUACACCCUUUCCAGUGAACUGAACGUUCCCUCCUUGGUUUCCAAGAUGCCUGAGGAGCACUUUUUUUUAACUGGGUAGAACCUGACUGUGGUUUGAAAUAAAAGCUCUUUGAAAACUUC